AUGUCGAUGCCUACCAGCGCCCCAGGCCUGGUGUCCUUGUUUAAGACGAAUAAGCUUGCUUACCAGACGCCCGGAUUGGGUUACGACCCCUUUCUAUUGUCCAUUCGCCGUCUAAGAAAUCUUGCCCUACAGCAGCCAUCCGAGUUAUCAUCUGUUUACUYGAACACAAGAUUCCCUAUAUAUGCCGUUGAUGGCUCUCCUAACGGCGAACCUUCUGCAACUCUUUGCGCUAUCUCUGUCCAAAAUAAUCCAUACUGGAUUGUUGAUUUGGGAAAAACUUUUAUCAUUGACGAAGUGUUCAUUAUUGGACGAUCUGACUGUUGCUUUACAAGAAUGUUUGGCAGUGAAAUUAGAGUUGGUGACCAGUUUGGAGAAGGUAGUGCUUCAAAUCCUAAAUGCACAGACAUUCCAUCCUUUUCCGGUCAGUUAAUGUCAGCGUUUAAAUGUUCACCUGGUUUAAGAGGAAGGUAUGUCAGUAUUCACCUACCAGGGGCCAACAAGGAAUUAACUUUAUGUGAAGUAAUGGUCAACCGCAAUCCUACCG